UAUUUUAAGCCUGGCCAUGGGAAGCAGCGAGUAAACCUACAGGUUUGCUUAACCUAUUUAGGUCUUCGACAGUUUUAAUCAGCAUUCUGGCUGGUGAGACGUCUUGGGCAUGCUAAACUUAAUUCUGCUUUUGAAAGUUUACGUGACGUUAGCCCAGUGGAGAAAACAAAUCUUUUCCAAACCUAGCUGAUAGUCUUGUCAUACGCUAACUAACGUUGUCAGUUUACAGGCCUACUGUUGGGCGGUAUUAUUUUGCCUUAUAGCCUCCCGCAACCAAGUAAUAGCUUAUAUGGCUACUUUAAACAAAUACUGCCUUGGUCAAGGAAUAGGAAAUAUUGAGGUUCACCCUCCAAAAAAUAAGUCUGCGCUAAAUAAGACUUCAUCAAUGGAGCAAGCACCUCAGUCUGACGAUAACGACAAAAUCACAUCAGGCAAAAAGAAGUGCAAGAAGAAAAACAAAGAAAAAAUUUCGGAAACUGAAAAAAAGAAAACCAACAAGUCACGCAGUGGAACACAGAAAGGAGACGAUACCAGCAGCCCUCCGAAUUCAGAUGACACAGGUGCUGAUUGUGUGUUCCCUUCAGAUAAACAGCCACCUGAAGCCAAGUCCAGCUCCAACUCCUCUCUGACAAAAGGCGGAGGCCCGACCAAAGGCAAGACUGGCAAACGGAGCAAAAAAUUGAAGAAGUCCGUUUCGAACCAAGAGACAGCCCCUGCCCCUUCAGCUGAGAAGGACAAAGCUGAGGUCAGUGCAAAGUCCCUGGAGAGUCUAAGGUGGGAAGGAGUCCUUGAUGACCCCGUGUCCGAGGCAGAGAGGCUGGAGGUAUAUAAGGCCAACCGCCGCAAACGUUAUUUAGCAGCACAACAGCUCGGAAAGACAGCUGUCACUCAAGCCUCCCAAGCAAGGUGAACUGUAUAGACCUGACCUGUUUCUUUUUUCUUUUUUUCUUAUAACACAAUCUUUAGGACUGGAAAAGCUGCCACACUAUGUUUCUCAGAGUUAGUUAAUAUAUUGUUGGUUGUUUGAACAUUAUGAUGAAUAAAGACAUACUCAGGGACAGUGUGAGAAUCAAAAUGUUUUGAACAAUGGGGUAUUUCAGUGAACUCAUGACCUGAAAACCACCUGGAAACUCAAGGUAUGUUGUGGUCGCUUAAAUUUUACAAGUUUACAUAGCAGUUCUCCAACAGAGGGUGCUAUAUUGUCUUGUGUUGUUGAAUUAAUUGAAUAGCAAAGGCUUUUUCAUUAUUAUGUCAUAGCACAACACACAAUUGUUU